CAAUUGACAGCGAACGUAUAUUUAUAAUUUACCUGACCUUUAGCCUGGUCUUUCCUGGUAGUUUAUUAACCACUUCAUUUAGAUACAUGUAUAUGUUCGAAGUAGUGAUGACAUUAAAGUAAAAGCGAUGAGAUUUGUCUAAACUGUUCAGGGUUAGCGCUAGGUCUUUGCUAGCAAUACAACUAGCCCAUCAUCAUCAACAGCACCAAGUCGAGGCUAGCAUAGAAACCAGCUUCCUGGAUACAUAUAUUGAUGAGUGGCGAUGUAUUUAUUUCGCAGCAACACAUGGAUGAUAAUUCAAGGGAUGUGAUUUUAUCAGUUGAAAUUCAUUCUAAUAUUUUAAACGAGUGCUAACUGCUAUUUGGCUGCCGAUGACGUUAGCUAGCUUACGAGACAGUGCGCAGAUUGACUAGUUCCAGUUUCCUCUUGAGCUGAACAGGUGCAUCGCUUUCUUAAGAUAGCUGUGUCGAAUCGAAUCUGAAAACCCAUAAAACCUACUUCAAAAGGCUACAAAAGGAAUUAUUAGCCCUGCAAAAUGAUCCACCCCCCGGAAUGACGCUUAAUGAAAAAAGUGUACAGAACACCAUAACACAGUGGAUUGUAGACAUGGAGGGAGCACCUGGCACACUGUACGAAGGAGAGAAAUUUCAGCUGCUUUUCAAAUUUAGUAGUCGAUAUCCUUUUGAUUCACCUCAGGUAAUGUUCACAGGAGAGAAUAUACCUGUCCACCCUCAUGUGUAUAGUAACGGUCACAUCUGUCUAUCUAUACUAACGGAAGAUUGGUCGCCAGCCCUCUCAGUGCAAUCAGUUUGUCUUAGCAUUAUCAGCAUGUUGUCCAGCUGCAAAGAAAAGAGACGACCGCCUGAUAACUCCUUUUAUGUAAGAACGUGUAACAAAAAUCCAAAGAAGACAAAAUGGUGGUAUCAUGAUGAUACAUGCUAAUGUACAAACUUUGUAAUACUUGUAGAAGAAAGAAGUCCUACUGACCUACGUAAAGCACUUUUUAAUCAUUCAGUCUUUGAACUCUGACCUUUGACUGGAACAAUGGACACCAUGCGCUGGAGGCUCUUGACUGCAUUUCCCCCGUGGACAGUGGAUGCAUGUUUAGUCAGUUGUAAUAUAAAGAACGAAAAUAAUGGAGCGUUUAGAUGCACCCAAGAUGGAUCAUUUUUGGCAAAAAGGUAGUAAUGCAGCGAGUGAGCAAGCAAGGUGGAUUUGUAGUGAGAUAAUUAUAAUUCCUGUUUUAAGAUUAUUAUUGUUACUUUUUUGUUUGUGUGUGGGUGCAUUUUAAGGUCCUUGUGUUGUGCAAUAAUAACUGAUGGAUGCAUGCUUGGGCCUACAAAGAGAAAUCCAAAUCUAAUCAUUUUCUGGAAGGGAUCUGACCAUCAUAACCCCAAGAAAAUGCUUCAUCUGUUUAUUUGUUUUUUAAAAUUAUAUGCACUGUGAAAGUAUCUAGUUUUAAAAAGGCACUAUUAGUAUGUUAUUCCCAACUUGCAGUGGUACUGUAAUCAGUCCUCCACUUAUUUAUCAGGUUAAAGGGUUUUAGUUUGCAACACUGUAUAAAGAGUAAACCCUGUUUUCUUCUUCAUCUUCCAACUUGAGACCUGGCUGCAGUUCUUCCUGCUGUUAAACAGAAUGUCGGUACAGAUGGAAUAAAACAGAUAUGAUGAUAGAUGCGGAUGACCUCAAUGUACGUCUCAUAAAGUUGGGCUGAACUCGUGUAGUGUUCACUAGUCCAGCCUUGAAGAUGUGCAGCGACCACUCUUUCAUUAUAAGAAUGUCUGUAACAUGUGAGAACAUUGUCGCACGAUCCAUUUUUAUUUUUUUAAUGAUACUUUUAUUUAAUGCUUUAAUCUUCUACAAUGUUUGGAUUUUAAAUAUCUUAAGUUCUUUUUUUGUACUGUUUUCAACAAGCUGAUACUUUGAAAAGGGGUGUUGUUUUGAUGGGUCACUAUGUUUUGGAAUUUUUUUUUUCUGCAUUUGCAGUUAUUUAAUUUAAAUCUUUGUUCUCCAGAAUGGUAAUGAAUGAUGAAAAGGAGAGUCUUUUAUAGAAGUAGUAAAGACAAGGCUUUUGUGAUUCCCCCUGGUCAGAGUUUUGGCUCAGGUACUUUUUUCAAUAAAGAGAUCACCUCUAAAAAGAUACCUAUCAGAUAUUUUGAAUUUAACUAUAUUUUCACCAAAAGAGACUGUUAUGUUGUAAACUUAUAACAUGUCUGAAACUAUUGUAUAUAAGUCUUUACAUUGUUGGAUGAUGUGAAAGAAAUCAGCAGAGGAUGCAUUUACUUUAUUGUAGAAUGAUAAUAGGAGUGCUUUAUUUCAUUGGAAAUUAGUCUGCAUCUUUUGCUAAUUAGGAUGUGUACAGUCUGCAACAAACACAACUGUUGGUAAAAAAAUUUAAAAAAGUUUAGUAGUUUUACAGUGGGUGUGCAUGCAAUUUUAAACCCUACUUUUUCUUAUUGGCAUCAGACAUUGUGACAACUUUUAGUCUUUCCAUAACUUAGGUAAUGGUUUAUGGGAUGGAUGGAUAUUACAAACCUCCCCUCCAGAGGCUGUCAUUUCAGACUGUAAUCACUCCAUUUCUAAAGAAAUGUUUAUUGCCAUCCAGUCAGAGAUACUUGAAUUUUCCAUCUUGGGUUUGUUUGUAUUGCAUUUGCUUUUUCCAGGGUCUAGCUGAGUUUCUUGAAUGAAUUUGAGUGAAUGUGAUGAUACUCUACUGUAGAGGAGAUUACCACAGCACACCGCUAUCUCAAAAACUAUAUUGAUAACUUAAAGACAUCUAUUUAACCAAUGAUUUUUUUUUAUUAGCUUCAUUGUAACGGUCUUGUGUGCUGUCACUGUGCUAUGAGAAAAAGACAGUAGGACUGAAAUGAUUGUGUAAAUGCAGUCACAAAAGCAUUUGUGAGGGGAAAAGAAGCCUUCACCUAGUCGGCAGUGGAUCAGUAGAGAUUUGAAAAACCUGCGAGUGAAUAUGUUAAAGGGGUUUGGAUGAUGUUUUUUUUUUUCUACCUAGGUUUUUUUUUUUUUCGUUUUAAUGUAUUUUGAGCUCUUAGCUUGCAGCUUGUUGUGAGUGAUCAACACUAAUGAGGGUGUGUUAUUUAUAUUUGAAAUUUUGUUCUGGGAUGUGCAAGCUCCAUGUAAUAGGUGCCUGUUCAUUUUCAUAAUCAAUAAUAAAAGCAAAGAUUCACUUUUAUUCAA